ACUUGAAAAAAUUUAGAUACCAACCAAUAACCACCGGCCACGCAACAUCAUUCGAAAUAUCUGGGCCCACGUUCUCCGUCGUGGGUCCCAAUCCUUCGUAUCGGACACGUGGCAAAUCAAAUCGAUGGAAUCAAAAUGGCGAAACAACGGCACAAAGUCGUGGAAAUCACCGAUCUUCUUGCUCCGACCUCUCCGCCUUCGUGCCCUAAGAAUCAAUCCUCUCUCUCUCUCUCUCUCGCAAUGGCGGAUUUCGUACCUCUGAGCGGCGGGCCUGGAGAAAGCCAAGAAAGCCAAGAAAGCCGAGAAAGCCAAGGUCCCAGAGAGACGAAACAGAGACGCCCUAGGCUCGCUUCGCUCGAUGUUUUCCGCGGUCUCUCAAUCGCUAUUGAGAUUCGUGUGCAAAUCCACAUUCAUGGUUGUAAACUUAUACCUUGCAUGUAAGUGGGCCACUUAACUGACCCAAGUGCCGGAUUUACCCACAUAUGUAUUAUAAGCUACAAGUUCGGCACACAUACUACAUGGCCAAAAAGCUCUUAUAUGUGUAGCUCAUGAUAUUUGUUGAUUAUGGCGGUUCUAUUCUCCCAUUCAUUGCUCAUUCGCCAUGGAAUGGGGUACACUUAGCAGAUUUUGUGAUGCCAUUUUUUCUUUUUAUAGCUGGGAUAUCUCUUUCGCUUGUCUACAAGAUAACACCCAACAAAGGCCAAGCAACAUGGAAUGCAAGUCUUAGGGCAAUAAAGCUCUUUCUUCUUGGUAUUAUUCUACAAGGUGGUUACUUCCAUGGAGUAAAUUCCUUAACUUUUGGGGUUGACAUUGAUAAAGUACGCUGGCUUGGUAUUCUACAGAGGAUUGCUAUUGGAUACAUUGUUGCUGCCUUAUGUGAGAUAUGGUCAUCAAGCUUAAUAUGGAAGGAUGUAGGCAAUGGUUUUUUUUGGAAAUAUUUCCUUAAUUGGGUUGUCAUCUUUUCUCUAUCUGGCAUAUAUGUCGGGUUGUCAUAUGGUUUAUAUGUUCCAGACUGGCAAUUUAAAUUGCAGCAGACUUCUUUGGUUUGUCACUCUGACGAUUGCAGUUUUCAAACAGUGAAGUGCAGUGUAAGAGGUGAUCUUGGGCCUGCAUGUAAUGCUGCUGGAAUGAUUGAUCGAUAUGUCCUUGGUAUUGAGCACUUGUAUAAGAAACCUGUAUAUAGAAAUUUAGAGGUUUGCAAGAGUUACAAGAAUAGUCAAGCUUCAAAUGAGCCACCUUCGUGGUGCCUGGCACCCUCUGAACCUGAAGGAAUUUUAAGCUCCUUAACAGCUGCUGUCACUUGCAUUAUCGGUCUCCAUUUCGGUCACAUUCUGGUUCAACUAGAGGAUCAUAAAGAUCGCAUUUCACGUUGGUUAUUAUUUUCCCUUUCAAUUUUUACGUUGGCAUUAGGUCUUACUUUUGCAGGUUUUCCUCUGAACAAAUCCCUAUACACCAUAAGUUACAUGUUGUUAACAACAGCCACUGCAGGAUUUACAUUUUGUGUGUUGUAUUUGGUGGUUGAUGUUUACGGGUAUAGGUCUCCCACAUUUAUUUUGGAGUGGAUGGGGCGACAUUCUCUUAGUAUAUUUGUUCUUGUUGCAUCUAACAUAGCUAUUAUUGUGAUACAAGGAUUCUACUGGAGAAAGCCCCAAAAUAACAUUGUUCAUUGGGUCAUAUCACUCGUACAUUCCUAACUUGGUGGAAGGCUGAUAAUUUUGUAUGAUGGUAACACUCAUUCUUCCGAACAAUUACUGAUUAACUCUGAUUGAUAAAUAGCUUGUCUUAUGCUUCAGUACACAGUCACACAUGUGAAAGUUAAUAGUAAGACCUCAUUUAUGUAAACUGAAUAUAUUUUAAUUUUAUAGUGACUAUUAUAAUUGAGUCUUUGUGA